UUUUUUUUUAAUUUUAGAAAGUAAUCUUUAAAAUAUCAUUCAUUGUAUUUUUUAUAAAUCAAACAAAUAAACAAAUAAACUGCUAGUUAGCUACAUUAUACAUACAUAAUACUUACUACUCUCAUUAUUUUCAAAUAAAGAAGUCUAAGCUUUUAAAUGAAAACUUCGAAUGUAGAUAAAGCUUUUUCUAAAAUGCCUAAAUUAAUUAAUGUUCCUUAAAUGCCUUAAAUAAAUAACUUUAUGGGAUACAAUUAAAUGCCUACUCAAAUGCAGAUGAAUUAUUAAUAAUAGUUUUAUUAAAUGCAACCUGAUUUUUAAUAUAUGGGUUCUAUGGGUUAUCCGUAGUAAUAUAAUUAGUAAGCUUAAUUUACUGGAGGAUAUCCUCCUUAAGGCUUUUUUAAUUCUCAAUAGCAGAAUUAAGAAUAAAACACUCAAAAAUAGCAGAUAUAUUAAAAUUUAGCACUAGAAUAUACGAAACAUUAUGUUGAAUAUUGGAAUAAUUAUUAUGAGUAACUGAAGAAUGGUCCAGAGCCUGAAGCGGAAGCUUCAAACCUAAAGGAAUAAAGUGCGAGUUCUCUAAACGACAGAUAUUUUUCUGAUAAAAAACAAGGUUAAAAUAAUGAAAAUAAUGGCAGAUAAAAAGAUUCUAAUUUAAUGAAAUCCUCAAAGUUUGCAUAAUCACAAGCAGAUUCAAAAGAAAAGUUAAAUUAAGUAAAAAAAUCAAUAACAGAAGAAGCUAAUGAAGCUAAGAGUGAAUUGUCUUUGGAUUCUGAUAUUCUUCGUGAAGAAUAUAAAAAAAAAUAAGUUAUUGAAGAAGAGGAUGUCAUUCCUGUCAACUAAAACUUCAUACUAGAUUAAUCAAUAGAUGAAGAUGAUUUUGAUAAGUACAUUCCUGAAUGUAAAGUUGAUCCUAAUAUGAAAUUGCUUGAAUAAAUUGAAGAAUAUGAAAGGCUUGAUAGAGAGAGAGAGGAGCAGAUUAAAAGAGAAUAGGAGGAAAAAGAAAAGGAGGAAGAAAGAAAACGAUAAGAAGAGCUAAGGGAGCAGAUGGAACAUGAUCAAUUUUAUGCAGAUAAUCCAGAGAUAUAUUUAGAACAUAGGAAGCAGUAAAAGAAAGUUAUAUUUGAGACAUUGAAAUUAGAAAUGGAUAAGCUAAUUGAAAAGACUUAAAAAAUAGAAGAGGAUUUGUUUGAUGCUAACUAAGGUAUAACACAAGCUAAGAAAGAAUUAGAGUCUAACAAUAUUAAAAGAAAGAAAACAGAGUUUUAUCUUAGGGCUAAGCAGCUGCAAUACGAUAUAGAUAAUAUUAUAGAGAAUAAUUAAGAAGAAAAGCUAGCAGAAACUAACUUUUAAUUGCUUAAAGGACUUCAUGAAACUAUUUUAGAUGAUUAACUUGAAAGGAUGUAUGAAAAUAACUAAAAAUUAUUUUUGGAAGUCAGCAAUGUUUUGACAGAUAUUGUGGGAGUUAAAAGUAAAUAAGGUUCAUUUGGACAGUACAACUAUUACGAAUCAUUAAAGUAAAAGGCUUAAAGAGAAGUAAAAGAAGAAAAGGAAGAAAUGGAAAGAAAAAGAAAAUUAUAUGGCAAAUUGUUGCCUCCAUAAAAAUCAAUAAAAAGAAAUGUUUUAGAUUACCCAAAAGAUAAAAAAAGAUCUAAUUCUAAAAGUAAAUCUUAAGAAAAGAAAAAAUAGCCUUUGCACAAAAAAGCAUGGGGAUAGCACUGA